AUUUUUGAUACACAGAGCGUGAGAGUUUUGACCGUUUUUACUGCAUAUCAUCAAUCCUAUUUUUCAAACCUUCUAAUUGUACACUUAUUAAAACUCUUCAAUGCCUCCUCCACCUCCACCUCCACCAUCUAAUGUUCCACCACCAGUUGCCUAUAAGCCACCAAAAGAAGUUUCUACAGCUGGCAGAGGUGAUCUGUUAGAUUCUAUUCGUAAAGGAAACAAGUUAAAGAGGGUACCAGAAAGUGAAAAGAAGGAAAAAUCAGGUGAUGUUGUUGGUAAAGUUCUUGAUCGUAAUGCUCCAAAGAAGCCUGCAAGUGAGAGUACACCACCAAAACCUGCCAAUACUGGUUUUGUUCCAACAGGAAAUCCAAUGAUGGAUGAAAUUCUCAAGAAGAGACAAGGCUUAGGAAAUAAUUCUGGAAGUGGAUCCUCUACAGCUACUACUAACACUCCACCAACAAGAGCCACACCACCAACUGUUCCUUCAAACAGACCACCUUCAUCAUCAAGUACAAUACCAACCAGAACUGCUCCUACUUUACCAUCACGAGCUGGUACCGGUUCAUCUCAAACAACUAGUACACCUCCACCAGUUGUUUCUUCAACAACACCAAGUGUACCAACAAGAACAACUCCUUCUUUACCAACAAGAACAACUCCAUCAGUUCCAACAACAAGUUCAAAUCCACCUUCAGGAGAAACAGGAAGAAGAGCUCCACCACCACUCCCUCAAAAGACUGGAGGUGAUACAACAGGAAGAAGAGUCCCUCCACCACUCCCUCAAAAGACUGGAGGAACUCAACAACCAUCUCUUCCUUCGAGAAAUCCUCCUCAAACAACUAGUACACCUCCACCAGUUGUUUCCACACCACCACCAGUGGUUGAAAAGAAACCACCUCCACCUCCAAGAAAUGAGGUCAAGACUGAAACAUCAUCACCAACAUUGCCUCCUGUCAGAAAACAACCACCAGUGUCAACACCUCCAGUUGUGGAAUCACCAAAUGAAUCAUCAAAUAUUCAAACUGAAGGACGUUUCCAAUUCCGAACUGACCUUCCACCUGUUCCUCCAUUUACUGGAAAGCCUAAAGUUUACAAAACAAAAGGAGGAUCAAGCUCAUCAUCAUCACAAGCUAAUGCUCCAAGUGUUCCCCCACCAAGACCAACUAAACCAAAGAGAGAUAUUGAAAAGGAAAAGAAGGAAUUGGAAGCUCAAGCUAAUGCAUUAAUGCAAGAUUUUGUUAAAAGAAUGAUGUUUGAAAAAUGCGUUCCUUUGAGAGAUUUGUUGGAAAAGAUUAGUAAGGCUAAUGAUGAGGCUACACUUGAUAAUAUCAAAGAACAACUCUUAAACAUGUAAUCUAUUUAGUACCUUUAAUAAAUCUUGUAAAUUACCUAA